AUGGCAUCUUUCCUCCAGCUUGAAGGGUUGCACGUCCUUGUAACCGGCGCUGCAGGAGGCAUUGGCAGCGCGAUCGUACAAGAGUUCCUGGGUACCUACUUGACAAUUAAGCACUUUCUGAAAAACGUCGAGUCUAGUCAGGCACGCAUCGGGAAAGAGCUGGACAACAUCAGCAUCAUCGUCACCGGGUCGGAAUGCGGAGUAUUUCGUCAAGCAGGGCACGUCGAGUACGCAUCUGGGAAAGCUGGCUUGCGGUACGGUCUUGUCAGAACUGUGAAGAACGAAAUAGUCAAGUUGAACGGUAAUGCAAGAGUCAAUGCAGUAGCUCCGGGCUGGGUGGAUACCGAGCUCAUUGAGGGGCGAAUCGAUGAUUCCGAAGAGAUGUGGAGGGAGGCACAGGCUAUUGUACCGCUUAGGGAGAUUGCACAACCAACUGAUAUUGCAAGAGCAGCAGCGUUCUUGGCUUCGCACCAGGCGGCUGGAUAUAUCUCAGCCAGUUGUUUCGCAAUAGAUAGGGAGCAGCGAGGCAUCAACACCGAUUAG